GCUACACAGCGGUCGGAAGGACUCAUGAAAAUCGGAAGGAACAAUAAGGAAGGGAGUCAAUGGCCGAGGUUUAACGCUGAAAUUCAACACAUUUUCAGAAUUGUUUAUGAUAUUUAAACCACAGAAGCAAGUAACCACCUGGUGAUAUUAGGCAGACCAGACUUGGCUUGUAUGUGAAGGCAGGAGUCAACUCAGCCAAUCAUGGCCAACACUGUGGAGGAUAUUGAAAACAACAUGGCGACUGAAGCCCCAGUGCCCAGCCAGAACCAGCACUCUGAGCCUGGGGGGACAGGGGUACGGUCCAGAGGAGGUGGUGGUGGGACGGCGCAGAACGGACAGCCCCCCUCCACAGCUUCCCAGCAACGCCCCGCUCAGGUGGUAGAGGGCGAUGAAGAUGAGGACGAAGAGUUGACACUGAAAUAUGGGGCCAAGCACGUCAUCAUGCUGUUUGUCCCCGUCACGCUCUGCAUGGUGGUCGUUGUGGCAACCAUCAAGUCUGUCAGCUUUUACACCCAGAAUGACGGACAGAGACUGAUCUACACACCCUUUCCUGAGGACACAGACACUCUUGGCGAGCGGGCCCUGAACUCGGUCCUCAACGCCACCAUCAUGAUCAGUGUCAUCAUAGUCAUGACCAUGGUUCUGGUACUGCUAUACAAGUACCGUUGCUACAGAGUGAUCCUUGGCUGGCUGUUCCUUUCCUCUCUUCUUCUCCUCUUCUUCUUCUCCUUCAUCUACCUCAAGGAGGUGUUCAAGACGUACAACGUGGCGAUGGACUGGAUCACCCUGGCCGUGAUCAUCUGGAACUUCGGCGUGGUCGGGAUGGUCUGCAUCCACUGGAAGGGCCCCCUUCGUCUGCAGCAGGCCUACCUCAUCAUGAUCUCUGCUCUCAUGGCCCUCGUCUUCAUCAAGUACCUUCCGGAGUGGACUGCUUGGCUCAUCCUGGCGGUCAUAUCUGUCUACGAUUUGUUGGCGGUGCUCUGUCCCAAAGGACCUCUACGCAUCCUGGUGGAGACUGCUCAGGAGAGGAACGAACCCAUCUUCCCUGCUCUCAUAUACUCCUCGACCAUGGUGUGGUUGGUCAACAUGGCCGACACUGGCCUUGGUCACAGGCCCCACACCAGGAAGAACUCUGCAGAGACACCCGUCACCGAGCCAGAGAGUCCAGCAGCCCCUCCACCUGUAGUCCUGGGUCCGGCCCCCCUCAGCCCUCCAGAGGACGACGGAGGGUUCACCACUAACUGGGUGGGGCAGCAGGAGCACCAGCUGGGCCCCCUGCAGUCCACGGAGGAAUCACGGCGCGAGAUCCAACAGCUCCCCUCUGCCAGACCACCGGUAAUGGACGAUGAUGACGAGGAGCGCGGGGUGAAAUUGGGUCUGGGGGACUUCAUCUUCUACAGCAUGUUGGUGGGGAAGGCCUCUGCUGCAGCCAGCGGAGACUGGAACACUACCCUGGCCUGCUUCGUAGCCAUCCUCAUCGGUCUGUGUCUGACUCUUCUCCUCCUGGCUAUCUUUAAGAAGGCCCUUCCUGCUCUGCCCAUCUCCAUCUUCUUUGGCUUGGUGUUCUACUUCGCUACAGACAACCUGGUCAGGCCCUUCAUGGACCAGCUGGCCCUGCAUCAAUUCUACAUUUAGCAGGACACACCCAGCCCCCCCACCCCACCCCCAAACUCCCGCCCCUCACCCCCAUGGAAGCGCCCAUCGGCUGCACUGGGGGUGGUAUUCAUUUGGGCACACCGUAACGAAAUGUUUCACAGCAGAUGUUUUGGAAUGAAAAUUAACAGUUUCAUAUUGGACAAAUCAAGGCCUGUCCCUCCUUGCUUCCUAGUGAAUACACCCUGGCCCACAGCCUUCAGCGGACCGGGGGCCGUGCGGGGUGGGGCAUUACUCUUCUGCCCCUUUACUUCCAUUAACUCAUGACUGGAUGGGAGAUUUAUUUUCAUCUGCCUUUUAGGGCUUGAAGGGGGGUGGGGUUCCUCAAUCCCCAUGGCAACUAUUGUUGUGCUUCAAGGUCUUAACAAUGAUGACUUUCGAUUUAUUCAUACUGUGUCCAUUUUUCACAAGUGAUUGACGCAUUGUCACGGGCCACCUACCGUUGGAGUGAGGUCACGCGGUCUACCGGAAACGCCGGCACUACCCCGAAACCAGAAGUUGAAUUUCCGAUUUUGUUUCUAUGGUUACCAAAUAAUCAAGGUGCUCUAAUGUUGUCCUGGCGAACAUAACCAUCAUGUAACGAAGUCAUCGAACCAACCAAGAACCAGGACACCAAACCAGCCCACAACCCAGAGUCACUGGGGAAAAGAGAGUGAUCACUACACAUGGUUUAGGCCUUUAAUAUAUACAUGUGAAAUGUUAACUGAUGACGAUUAUAGUGAUUAUAACUCGUAUUUGUUUUUUAAUGAUUUCCAUUGAUUAUGCUUCUUCAAUUGAACUGUUGAUGAUUGCUUUGCCCACCUGUCAGAACUAGGGUGUAUCUUAUUUCCUGCAUUCCGGGGUUUAUUCAACUUUUUCCCUCAAUCCAUGAUUCCAAAUCCCUGUGGGCUGUCCCACAACAUUUUCUUCUGACCAGGACAUUUUGAAACUGUAUGUCUUUAGUAUUUAGGAGCUUUGAACUUCUACACACCAGCCCCCCCACUUUUGACUGUGUUUUGUUCUCAGAGCUACAUCUACAUCCAGUGGUCAGCUGAUCUUAACCAGGCCUACAGGUCAGGAUUACAAUGAGCGACAGUGUCUAUUCAGGAAUUAGAAUUUUUUACUUUCUGAAGUGAGUGCAGGUGAUACGGAGUUGACUCUGGUGAGUGACUAAGAGUGAUUGUGGUGACAGACUAGACCUAUAGAAACUCACUAAACAACAUUUGACCUGCCUUCUCCUAGUGUUAAGAAGUGCUAAAGGUUGGUCAUGCUUGGCCUAAAACUGAACAAGGGGUCCAUAGAUGUCUCAGGGCCAAGUUCCUGGACAUGGCUUAGUCCUGCACAGGAAAGAUGUCCGUUAUCUUUUUUUUGCCCUGUGUCCGAAUUCACAAGCGCCUGAAUGUUGACCAUGGUCUCUGUCUAGUUUCACAUCUUGGCCUUCUCUUAAGCUCUUUAUGAAUACAGGCCCCAGGACGAGGUGUAUUUUUGCGCUCUGAUUAAAUGCUUUUCUGCUGAGGUACCUGCACCUGAACGAUGAUUAAAUCGUUGUACUCAGAUUUUCUUAUUUUCCAGGAAAUUAUGAUGCUGGUUAACUGGCUUUUCUUUGUCUCCACAUGCACAUGAUCAUGUGCGUUAUGCACGGUUAUUCAUUUCACGUUACUUCCUUUUUUAAAUAAAUGAAUAAGUGAA